UAACCCACCCUUAUCCUCCCCAACACAUAAUGACGUAUUGUGAAUAAGUGUUUAGUGGUGGUCGCCACCUCCGGUCUUUCUCUGCAAGAACGACCACCGCCACUACUGCCACCGCCGCCACCUCUGCCGUCUCCACCAACAGUAAGAGUCAACGAAAGAUCCUCUUCGUGAUCGCUCGAACAGCUAGAAAUAGCAGCUAAAUUCCAUCACGUACACACUAUUUUCUGAAGCACCAGAAGGGCGCUAUUGCACACUGUAGUCCUGUACGGUGCAGAAAGGUGGACUGGUCACAAGUGGAGCGACUUUGAUCGACAGCGCAAUCGAUCGGAGCAGGCCCAGGAUUAAACAACUCCAGCGACAGUGGAAGACCCACCAAUCAUCAUAGUAAUCACCAUCAUCAACAUAAUCACAUCCACCUCCAGCACUUUUACAACGACGAAAUAACAGAAAGCAAGUUGGUUAUUGUUGUUAUUGUAGUUGGAGGAGGAGGAGGAGGAGGAAAAGGUUGUUGUUGUCGUUGGUGGUGGUGGUGGUGGAGGCAGGAACCAGUGGUGGUGUCGGCGGUGAGGGAGGAACUCAGUCCACACUUAACCAUGGCGGCAGCCCUACCACAGAAGACCGUCCGCUUCAAAAACGAAGCCAAAUACAGUGACAAAACGAAAUCUACCCUGACUUCACUCAUACAAAUGGGAUUUUCCAAGCACAGGGCGAAAUCGACGAAAACGUUUCUGCCCAUCUUCGGAGUUGCUAACUAUAUUGGCCGUGAGAAGGCCAUUGCCGUGACAGGGGACCGGGGACCACAAAUUGCUGCUGAUUGGUUAUUGUCUCAUUGUAAUGACUCCACCCUUGAUCAGAAAACCUGCCAGGAGUAUAUACUCUAUUUGUGUCCUGUGGGGCCUCUUCAGAAGCAACUUGCUGAUUAUUUUGAGAAGACUCGAGUUCAGUGCGGCUGGAAUGGAGCUCAUGCUUAUUUCCCCCACAUCACCCUCUGUCACUUCUUUAAGGCAGAGGACAGUAAAAUUCCCUAUUUGACCAAAGCUUUAAAUAAACUCCAAGAGAAACUGUUAAAAGCGCCAGGCCACUUAGAACUUGAGUUUUUCUCUCAAGUCAACUUUAUCGGUCUCUUAGUACAGAAAUGUUAUUAUGAUUUCUUGGAGGAAAUUGUUGCUGAUUAUGCUGAAGAGAUUCGUAAAGUAGGAGUCACAAUGGAUCCACGUCGGCAGCAGUUACACAUGACGUUAGCUUACCAAUAUUCAAAAGACCAGCAUGAACGUCUUUUGAGAUAUGCCAAAGAAAUAGAUUUGAAUUCUGAUGUCAAAUGGGAAUUUCGGUUAUAUUCUCGUGAUCCAAGGGCAGGAGAAUGUGAGGUUCGUGAAGUAACACGGAGUUAUUCUUCAAACAAUGAAGACGAACUUGAGUUAGUUGAAGGGGACCAUGUGCUGGCUGAUCCCAUAGAAUUAAGUAACAGCAAGAAUGGCUGGUGUAAAGGAAUAUCAACUUUGACAGGUUCUGUUGGAAUGUUCCGGAUAGGCUGCACAAUGCGAACAUCAGAAACAUCAACAUGGACCCUUCAUAAGUCACUAAUGGUGGUCCCUGCCACUAAUAUGUACAAUGGUUUAUCUGAAGGAGACUAUGACAAUCUCUGGGUUGGAGAACAAGAUGACAUUUACAACAAACUGUUAAAAAAUAAAAAGAGUGAAGAGAACCAAAACAUCCCUCGCUGCCUGACAAAAGUGGAAUAUUUUAUUUUGUUGUUUAUAUUUUUAGGAAGAUACAGUAGAAUCAACCUAAACCUUCCGAAGAACAUGUUGAAAAGAAAGAAUUACCUGGACUUCAUCAAAGACUGCCCAUUGACAGAGGUUGGCAAAUUACAAGCCCGUCUUACUGGUGAAGGUUUACGAGAUGCUUCAGUGAACUUGUCUCAUUUGUAUGUCUCUCCAGCUCUACGAUGUAUUCAAACAGCUCAUGAAAUUGUUACAGCUCUUGGUCUGAAUCUGAAAAUCUGUAUUGAACCAUCCUUAUUUGAAUGGCUGGGCUGGUACCAGUUAGGGUUACCAAUUUGGUUUACUCCUGAUGAACUGAUUGACCAUGGUUAUGCUGUCGAUCGAAACUAUAUUUCUUAUAUGGUACCCACUCAAUUAUACCUCGAUGAAACGGUGGAGCACUUCUAUUCCAGAUGUGCAGAUUUCACACGUUAUAUCCUUAAAAAACAUGAACAUGAAGAUGUCUGUAAUAUCUUAAUAGUUGGUCAUGCUGGUAGUUUAGAUGUAUGUACACGCCAGUUACUAGGAAAAGCUCCACGUUCUGUGGGAGGAUUUCAUGAAAUUCUUCCUUAUGUUCCAUGUUGUUCAAUGUGUUGCUGUGUUGAAGAUCCUCUCACCAAAAAAUGGAGAAUGAAGGAACCACCAGUUCCUCCUAUUACACAUGUAGCCAACAAAAAAUAUAACUGGAAAACACUAAUAUAAAAAUAAAGUAAGUUCCAUAUCCUGUAGCACAAUGCAAAACAUGUUUCCUUUUUUUUUUUUUUUUUUAAGAAAACCAAAUUGGGUUGAUGUUACAGGAAUGUGGGUGGGGUGUAAUUUUAAAACCAAGUCAAUAUUUCUAUGUUUCGGCUGCUUCAUUUCAUGAUUUUGGUUUCUGAUAAUCAUGGAAGUUUCCAAGAUGAAAAUCCCCUAAACAAACAUUUGGUUCCCCUGCUCUGUAAACCUUAUAAAAUGCAAUCUAUUUUUUAGAAGAUUGUCAACACAUAAAACUCUGUUUUUCUUUGAAUUUUAUUUUUAUUUCUAGAUAUUUUUUUUGUCUUCAAAAUUUUCAAAUUCUCUUACUCUCUAAUUAAACUUACCAUGUAAUUAAAUUGAUUAAACAAAUUUGUAUGGCCCUCCCCCACUCUUCUAAAAUAUUCUACUAGUAGGUUCUAUAUUUAAAAUAUGAUGCCCGACUUUUCCAUUGCAGUUCACAAAUGGUUUUGUUCUUUGUUGAUGAAUUAAGAAUUCCGUAAUUAUUAAUAUUUUUCAAAAAAAAAAAAUUCCUCAAAAGAUCUGCAUUAAAUACCUGUAAAUAACAGAAUGGUGAGAAAGGUUUGGGGCUGAAGUAGCAGCAGAUGUGCUUCUUAAACUCUCUACAAAGAUACUAACAAAAAUGGAUUAUUAUUAUUAUUAUUAUUAUUAUUAUUAUUAUUAUAGUCAAUAUUUUUAUAACAUUCUUCUUCACAGUUUAUAUUCCUUUAAUUUUUUUUCCCUUCCCUUCCUUUUUUCCCCUUCAUUUAUUUUGCUCCCUGAUAAAUCUUUCACUGCUUCAUCUAUGUAUAUAUAUAAAUUUUCUUUUUUUUCUUUCAUUAAUAUUAUUUUAUAUUCUCUCUUCUUUCUAUCCUCCUCCCCUCCCCUGUUGGCAGUGAUUUAACACCAAUAAUUUUAAAGAACACUGCUAAACUGUAUUCCCAUCAUCAUCAUAACCAUCAUCAUCAUCAUCACUAUUAUUAUUUUUAUUAUCAUUAUUAUUAUUGUUGUUAUUAUUAUCAUCAUCAUCAUCUUGGUAGGCAGCUUUACGUCCAGUGUCAUGUCAAUAUUGACGUCUGUCCGUAAAUUCUGCAGGUUGGAUAGGGACAGGUUUGUAACCCUUAUAUGGAUACCUUAGACAUUUCAUUUCUCUGUUAGAUCUAAAAAACAUGGCUGAAGAGAACUCCUCUCUCUCAAUGUGAUGAUACACAUAUUUGUGUAUCCAGUUGUAAACUCUCAACUGAAAUAUAUCUGUAUUAGUAUAGUUUAGAAACUCCUGUCAAACAUUUCUUUCAGAAAGAAUGUUCCAUCAUUCCGUUGCUUCUUCUCGACCAAAUUCUAAGAUAUUACUUACAAUGGAAGAAUCUGAUUUGGUGUUUGAGGUUGUGUUGACGCUACUCAAAGAUUCUUUUGUGUCUUUUUAUGAAGUAAAUUUCAAGAGGGCAGUUUUGUUGAAGCCAUUCCCCCUGAACUCUGCAAUAUUAAUUAAAACAAUGCUUAAUUAAACAUUAUUACUGCAGUUUAUAGCAACAAGCUGUAAUUAAAUGUUGCUAAUUAAUCUGUUUCUUGUAAUAAACUGUAAAAAUGGAAUAUAUAUUAGAGCCAGGUGAUCUGAGUCUGUUGGUCAUUCGUGCAACAAUGUGAUUGAUGAGAAAAUAAAGUGAUCAGAAAUUCUUUUGUUGGCCAGCUGGAGCAAUCAGGUCAAUAAAGUUUCAAAUUAAUUACUCGAACUUUACAUGAUUCUUAAAUUAUUUUUCUAGGUUAGAGCAACAAUACUAUUUUCUGUUAAAUAAAUAUUAGCAAUGAGGCAUUUUAACAGAUACUACAUCAUUAAACCGUUGAGAUCCUGAGUGGUUGAUGCCAGGAUGCCCCCUCCCUCUCUCUUAAUGAAAGAUGAUACAAAUGAAAAUAGUAGAUAGCACAGCAAGAGAUCGAACAGCAAGGCAAUCACCUAUAAGUUCGUUAACCGAAUAAGACAAAGUCAUUAGCUAUUAUUUAGAAAUCCCGAGUUUUGUCAUUUUGGUCAUCAUAGUUGCUUAUUUAUAUCUCUAUGGUCAUCAGAUAUUUAUCUGGUAAAAUAACCUGUCUCAGAUUAAGAGUUUUAAUUAAAAUCCUUCCUUCGUUUAAAUAUACAACUAAACCACACUGAAUACUAAAAUAUAUACAUGUAUUCAACUGACGUCUAUGCAUCUGUGUAAACACACACGCUUACACACCCACACUUUACACAAUGAUAGGAACAUGUCAAUUCAUGUUAAUGUUAGUUUCAAAAUCACUCAACACAAUUGACUGCUUAUCAUGCUACAUGGUUGGUUAUAUACAUGUUUCACUCAACUAAGCAGAUGAGCCAACCAAAUGUGGUAAGUAUUCAACUGCUCUUUAGUACUACUGGUAACAUGUGACCCAGUACAACCUGUCACAUGGUUGGGUCGUCGGCAACUAAACUGGCAGCCCCACUGAGCGUUGCUUGGUGAGGAGGGUGAUUGUUGGACACCCUGUGGGAUAAAAAAUAAGACCCAUCAAAGGGCGAAGGAACUACUGUGUAGUCAAUGGCCAACUCAACAAGUACCUUGUCAUGGUAAAGUGCCUAUGUGCUCCAUUGACCCGGAGAGCUAUGCUGGAGGGAGAGAAAUCUUCAGGCAGGUCUUACCAUUCCAGAUGGGUCGAAGGGGUAGGAGACAGACAAAACCUUAACCAUUAGAGGAGUAAACUUCAGUGACAAUAAAUCAAAGCGUUGGCAGUAGGGUGUGGAUUUAGUUAUCGGCAAGACCCAACAGAUCAGAUUUGUGGCUUUGAACUAACAGAAUGUCAUGCAGAGGAUCUUGAAUACAAGACAAUGGAUGAGACCCUAAUAUUCCUAGUUAGAUGGAAACUGUGGGACCACAUGGGGCAGCACCCUGUGACUCCUAUAGUCAGUAGCGAACUGGGUUUAAAAAUAUUGGUUGCCAGAAGACUAAGGGGGCCCACCCGCAACUACAAGGGGCCCCACCCACAACUACAAUGCUAUCAUUUAAAUUUUUUUUCGUUCAAAGUAUUCUUUUCAACUGUCUACAAACACAGCCAGGUAGAAAUAAUUAAUGCAUUCUUCCAGAAGUGAAUUAAAAAUUCUGAAACUUGAGGGGAUGGGCCCCUUAGAUACUAACAUGGGCCUCCAUAUAUGGAUUCUAAUGGCGCAGGGGCCCAUUUGCCAUUGGGCAAUUUGGCAACCUGGCCAGUCCACCACUGCCUAUAGUAUGCACAACCGAAAUGCUAAGGGUGUCCUGUGGGACAACCUAGGUAGACAGACAGAUAGAUAGAUCGAUCAACUACUUUCAGUGGCUUUGAAUCAUUUUAAAAACUAAUAGUAACACAGAUUGAUAGUUUACUAUACAAGCAAGCCGAAACUUCAAAGUCACUGUGAAACCUUUCUUUGUAAAAAGUUGACAUACAUAUAUGAAUGAAUGAUCUAUGAAUAUAAUAAAUAUAGAUCCAAAAAUAUGUAUAUAUGAUUGUAUCUAUGUAUGCCUCUAUAUGAAUGAAUAUAUAUCUGUAUAUAUGUAUGUAUAUAUCUAAGUACAUAUGUGUAUGUAUAUAUAUAUAUAUAUAUAUAUAGGUGAGAAAGUUGGUAUGUGAAAGCACGUGGUUGGAUGUAUAAAAGAUAAGAGUGAAAAAACUACAGAAGGCUUGUGUUACAUGGUUAAAGUAUAUAUUUAAAUUAUGUCAGAAAAAUGUUAUAAAAAUGUUAGAAAAAUGUUAGAAAAUCUUUUUGGUAUAUAAACAUUGUAUUUUGAGAAAUAUAUAUAUAUGUAUGUAUGUAUGUAUGUAUGUAUGUAGAGAAAGGGAAAGAGAGAGAGAGAGAAGAUACUCCUCUGGUUUUUCUGUAAAUAAGUUUGUUCUUUUUCCUUAUUUUCUAAAAAAGAUCAGUCAUAGCAAACAGUGGGUGAUGUCAUUUGGACAGUUAUGAUGUCAUACAUACACACACACACACAUUAUGUAAUCCUGUGAACAUCUCAGUAAAGAUCUGUCAUAGUGAGCACUUAUGACACUGUCUGCUGCUUCUCGUAAUCGUUUCCUUUUGUCUUGUUCGCUCAUUAACAAUUUACUCUGACCAAACGCUAAAAGCAGUCAAAUCACAUUGUCUACCCCCCUCCCUUCCUACCCCCUCCUCCACUAAACCCAUUUUCUGUACUCUUCCACCCGCCCACCAUUAAACACUGUCUCAACAUACAUUUUUAUCAUUUAUCAGUAUUUUUGUUUGAAUUAUUCAAUUUUAUUGGGUUUUUUUUUUUUUUACUUCAAAAUACCAAACUGGUUUUCAUUUUUUUUUUUUUUUCUGUUAAAAAUAUUUCCUUGUUAAAAUCUAUCUCUGUUGAAACAUGAAUAAAAUCCAUCUUUUCUCACUUUUAAAA